GCCAGCGGUCUGCGGGCGAUAAGAGCGCGGCGUGUUUAUAUAAGUAGGUGCGCGGCGGCGCGCUCAUAUUCGCGACAUGGCCGCGCAGCUGGCCGCGUCGGUGCUGCUGGCGGCGGUGCUGCUGGGAACUGCCGGCGCCGAGGACUCCCUGCGGAUGGUGCACGCGGUGUUCCGUCAUGGCCAGCGCACCCCUCAGGACACCUACCCCAACGACCCCUACGUCAACUACAGCUUCUCUCCUGUCGGCUGGGGCCUCAUGACCACCGAGGGCAAGCGGCAGCAGUACGAGCAGGGCCGCUUCCUGCGGGCGCGCUACGGCUCGCUGCUCGGCGACUACUACUCGCCCGACAUCGUGGCGAUGCAGUCGACCGGGGUGGACCGCACGCAGAUGUCGGCGCAGCUGGAGGCGGCGGGCAUGUGGCGGCCCGUGGGUUGGCAGCGCUGGAACCCUGACCUGGACUGGCAGCCGGUGCCCGUGUACAGCCAGCCGCUCAGCCACGACACGCUGCUGCUGGUGAGAACAUCGUGUCCCAAGUACCAUCUGGAGCGGGCCAGGGUGCUCAACAGCUCAGAGGUCCAGGAGUACAUCAACUCCCUCAACGCCUCCGAGCUGUAUGCAUACUUGGAAACUGAGACAGCCAUGAAGUUCACAGACCCGGAUGAUGUUCAGUCACUUUACAGCACACUAAAGGCUGAGGAAGAGUUCAAACUCACUUUACCAGAAUGGACGAGAAAUGUAUAUCCACAUCGGCUGUAUGACUUAACUGUAUUCAGUUUCAUCUUAAAUUCUUAUAACAAAGAGCUACAAAGAAUCAAAGGAGGGCCUCUGCUGAAGAAGAUACUCGAGGACUCGAAGGCGAAGGCGGACGGCACGCUGAAGCCCGCGGGCAGGAAGAUGUUCAUGUACGCCGGCCACGACUCCACAGUCACCAACCUGAUGCAGGCCCUCGGGGUGUGGGACCCUCAGCUGCCGGUCUACAACAUCCUGGCCCUGCUGGAGCUGCACGAGGCCCCCGACGGAGCGGGCCACGCCGUCAAGGUUUAUCUGCGCAACACCACGGAGGCGGAACCACACCUCUUGCGGAUCCCUGGGUGUGACACGCUCUGCCCCUUGGACCAGUUCGUGGAACUGACGAGAGAUGUGGUCCCCACGGACCUUGCCGAGCUGUGCAAGGUGGAUGACCCCAACUUCGUGGAGCCGAGCGCAGCCCCGCCGUAGGGCCUGGAGCCCAGCCGUCCUGGUUCCAGAGGACCUGAUGCCGCUAGUGUAUGUGUACCGCCAGCUCUCUACAACACUUUCUAUUGAAUAAAAUGUUUUUGACAUA